AUGACGAAAGACUGGGACAGGUACAAGACCAUCAUCCUGGCCCUAUACAAGGACCAGGCCAAAACUCUCGACCAGAGCAGGGCCAUACUAGAGGAACUUCAUGGCUUCAAGGCGUCAGUCCGGGCGUAUAGAGCUCGCCUCAAGAAGUGGGACGCUUGGAAAUACAACAAGUCCCAGAACCGAGGUGAAGGCGGUGGUAGUGGUGUUCUUCGAACCAACACGACCCCGUAUCCUCACGCGCCCCCGCCGAUCUCACGACGGUCGACCUCCCAAGGUGUGCGUCGUCUGCGCAAGGCAGUACCUUUACCCAGGCCCCGAGCCAAUACCAUCCCAAACGUACAGUACGAUCUGUACAUGAACUCUAGCAGCCCUGCAAGCUCCACAUCCUCCAACUAUUUUGGCGACCAGCAGCAGGAGCAGCUUCAGCGGUAUUCUCCGCCGAUGCACAGCCCAUCGCAAGCUCCGUCUUUCGCCUCCAUGAGCAGACAAUUAUCCGGACAACAAAACGUUGGAGACUAUCACAUCGCUGGUCACCACCAGCAGCGGCAAAUGACUUACCACGGCCCACGCUAUCCCAACCUGCAGUCUCCUCACCAGCAAUACGAAGACUUAGACGGAACACUGCUGAAAUGCCUCUUUCUUCCCUCGUCCACAGAACUGGACCAACGCCUGCCCUUCCUCGAGGCCGAGAUUCAGGCGCUGGCGAACCGUGGCGAGCUGGACUUGCGCGAUCAUAGCCGCCCCUUCAACCAGACCGCCUUCGAGCUCUUCGUGCACACCGCCGCCACCGCCCAGGGCACAUUCAAUGUCAAGUUCUUUUGCCGCGUCUCGGCCGCCUUUGUCAAGCACGGCGCCAACGCACAGCACCUCUUGCCUUCUGACUCGAAUCAGGCAGUGCACGCAAUCCAAACGCACUCCGUUCCUCCUUCACAGACCGACCCUAUGGGAUACCACCAUCACCAGCUACAGGAGCAGCAGCAGCAGCAGCAACAACAACAACGAUAUGUUGCACCUGGAGGGCUGCAGUCGAACCCCGCGUGGAUCAGCGUCUGGGUGCAGGCGUGCGUGGACAGCCAGCGGGGCAACUUCUCAAACGUCGCGAGCCUGCUGCCGUGGCUUGCGAGACCGUUUGGCUGGCCCAUUGAUGCCAAUGAGCUGGAGAGCUUCCUCCCGAAGAUGUCGUCCCCGGGGCCGGAACCGUACGGCACGCCCGAGAGUCAGAAUUGCCAACCUAUGAUUGCUAUCUGGGAUCGAACUGUGGAGAGUGAUAACACUUCGUUCCUUGGGGGGAAAGGGGUUGAUUGCUCGACGAGACACGCUGUCUGAGAGCAACAGUGUUGAGAAAGAGAAAGAGAGAGAGAGAGAGAGAACACACCAAGAGACGGUUUCUUAUCACCAUGCAACAAACACUCAAGCAUACUGUAUGACGGUGAACCGACAAUUUUCUUAUUUUGCCCUUUUCUUCUGUUCUUCUUCUUCUUUUUUCUUUCCAGUCUUUCUUCUCAUUAGGCUUGAUAAACGAGGGCCAAGAUGAUCUCUUGUUUCAUCGUACCUAUAACGAGAUCACGUUUAAAAGUACCAGCAACAACAAGAAGGGUUGGGUGGUGAGGCAGCCUACUGUGUUUCCUAUUCUCAACAAAAAGUUUGCUGAAGGGGGGGCGGGGCGGUGAUGACAACGAAGCGUGAUGAGGCGGACAGCACAGAGAGAGAGAGAGAGAGAGAGAGAGAGAGAGAGAGAGAGAGAGAGAGAGAGAGAGAGGGAGAGAGCAAAGGUAUUGGCCAAGGCACACUGGCAAAACGUCACCUUCAUCUUCUCGACU